UCUGCAAAAGAGACAGACGCCGCGAGAAGCAGUCAGUGGGAAUGGCGUUGCCGGGAGUCUGGUGGUGAAUUGGAGCCCCCUCCAGAUUCAGGCAGGGUCGGCAUUCCACGGAAGGAGACAGAACAGGUCAGGCCAGGCCCUGCAACAAUGGCAGCCCAACCUGAUGCUCAACUGCUACCGGUGAUCAGGGACCUGUAUGCAUCCAUCCAGGAACUCUGUGAACACCAGGGCAGAGAUGGACGUCCCAUCACCGACGGCGUCCCUGCUCUCCACAAGCUGUGCACAAAGCUGGAGUACCUGUUGCAGUAUGACCAGAAGGAGAAGAAAUCCAUACUCGGCACUCGGAAGGGUUACUGGGAUUAUUUCUGUGUUUGCUUCAGUGAUCACAAGCGUGGGAUGCAAGUCCUGAACUUUGUGAACAACAUGCUAAAGCUGAGCACCUCGCUGGGAAAAGGGCGCGCAUUCAUCCGGAUCUGCCUGGUACAGCAACAACUUGCAGACUACAUCCAGUUCAGCUUCCACAACAAGAAUGUGGUCAGUAAAUGGUAUUAUGCCAGGAGCCCCUUCCUGUCGGACACCCUCAGGUUGGACAUCGUGGAACACCUGUACGCACUGAACGAGGUCACCUUUGAACUGCCUUUGAUUGGCGUUCAUCUGGACAUGUCGUGGCCCAUCGCCAGAUGGGAAACUAAAUCCCACAAAUUGACAAUCAAGGCAUCACUGAACCGUUCCGAAUCGCAAGUGUCAGAGAGAGAUACUGGUGUUCAGAGGACCGAGUGCCCGGCAGGACACACAGACACAGAGACAGAUAAAUUUAAAACUUUCGCAAGGAUAUUGAGGAGAAUUCCAUGGAACAGCUUCUUACAGGAGGUGUCCCAGAACACACGUUAUGACCCCGCUGAGGUCACUGAAGAGUUCAGAGGAGAAGCCGAAACAGCCAGUGCCUCAGACAUUGACAGUCGUCCACCAGGAAGCCAAGUAUUAACCCUGAAAACAGCAGAAUCUGCCUCAGGCCCAGAGCAACCUCCACAGAGUGACCAUGAUGCACCAGUGUACCAGUGUCAGGCAAGGGCUGCAUCAGAGGGAAACCAUCUUGGUGGUCUAAGAGAGGGCCAAGGAGACCCAACUACCUUAGCUGUGGGCAAGCACAGGGAGGAUGAACUCAGCAAGCAAGCAGAAUGGCAAGCAGUGGAGGACCUCAAGAGGGCACUACUAGAGAAAGAGUGCGUCAUUGAGGAACUCCAGGAGCUUCUCCAAGAGAUGGCAAGUACUAAGGCAGAAGAGUGCUCCAACCACCUGCAGGAGACCGCAGCCUGGGAGGCGCAGGAGGAAAGUGCAGAGAAGUUGGGGAGGCUGGAGCAGCUGGAGGACAGUAACAGGUUCCUGAACGAGACCGUCGAGGAAAUGGACAGCAUGCUUGACGGACUGAGGCAAGCUCUGGCCGCUAAAGAGCAGGAGGUGACCCUGCUGAGGAUGGAGAAGCUGGCUGCGGCCGAGCAAGUCCACAUGGAGGAGGCAGAGAGGCUGAAGGUGGAGCUCAGGGGGCAGACUGAGCCGGGUAGCCACCGUGACUCUGAGGAGUCAGAGCUGAGCUUCGGUUGGCGCGGGAAGGUACUGCAGCCAGCAGAGACGGAAAACCAUCAGAGCAAGCUUCAGUGCCUGGAGUCACUCAACAAGUCACUGGAGGACAAAUACCAUCAGAGCCAGCAGCAGGUCAGAGAGCUAGAGAUGUCUGUCGUUGCACUUCAGUCUGAGCUCAGCAGACUCCAAGGCUCCAAACCUCAGCCCCAGGACAGCACCCUCCCUCCCGAAAGGUGUUCACGGGAGGCUGGUGAGAAUCUGGAGAGCAAGGUGCGGGACGAGCGGCGGCUGGGGAGGGAGGACCUGGCACGGGAGAAGGCUCUGCUCUCGGACUCCCUCGCUGACAUGAAGCCAGCAAGCCAACAAGCCCAGGAGAAAGUUUCCGAGCUGGAUCGACACGGAGCGGGCGAGCUGAGCCGUGAGGAGAUCACCAGCAUGACGGCAAAGAACGGUCAGGGUCUGAACAUCCUGAAGGGGAAACUUGAGGAGAUAAUUCUGAAAAUAGAGCAUAAAGAGAGGCCCAAUAUUGAUAUCAAACUAGUAGAAGCUCUUGCCCAAUUGCACCUGUUAACAGCCAAGCAGAUAGGCAUGGAGAAAGGGGCUGCAGGAUCAGAAGACCAAGGAGAGAGUCCUGCAGAGGAGACACCUCAGGCUGAGGAUACCAAAAUGGAGUCCAGUUUACAAGAAGCUGUCCUGGAGGAAAGACCCACCCAGAGGAAACCAGAAUGUACACCUGACCACCAGCAGCAUGCUGGAAUGAGAAAGCCCUCCUCCCAGCUUUCCACCCGGGACAAAUCCGCUCAGGGGGUUGCCCAAUUUGAGAGACAGAUGGAGGAACUGGAGAACAGGCACAGACAAGCGGUUCAGACCAUGGAGGGGAGACUUGAGAGCCUCAAAGCCGAGAGGGAGGCCGUGGAGUGCCAGAGGGCCGAUCUGGAGGAGCAGGUCCAGACCUUGGAGGAGGACCUCAGGCGGUUGAGGGACGCUGUCGGUAGGCUGGAGCUGGAAAACAGGACGAUACAGAGAGAGCUGCAGGAGGCCCGGGCGGCGGCAGAGGGGUUGCGUGCCCAGACCGCGUGUCUGACCACCAGUGCCACGCUGGAGCAAGCGGAUGCCGGGGCAGGGCAGCGGCGAGAGGAAGAUACGGCUGGGUGGAAGCCGCCAGCUGUAGCACAGCUGCCGUGCACCCUGCAGGAGGAGGAGAGUGUGUCCGCCCUCCACAACGACUGUAAUUCACGAACGGAUGAGACCAGGGUCAUGGAGGAGAAGAUGAACUCCAGGGAUGCUGAAAUGAACUUACUGGUGGCAUCACUGGCACAAGCCAAGGUGGCUGAGGAGGAACUGAGGGGGCUGCUGAAGGAGGCACAGGAAGAUGCAAAGAGCAGAGAGAAGGAAAGCCAGGUCCUCAGGGAGAUGGUGGUGUCGCUGAAGGAGAGGACAAUCGAGCUUGUCAGGGAGAAGGACCAGCUGUGGAAGAAGGCAGAGAAGAUACAGAUGAACGCACAACUGGACAGUCGGAGGGCGACCCUGAGGGGGAAUCCAUUCGGGAGCAGGAAAAGGAUUUGAGUGACAAGCUGAUGCUGGAAGGCUGGAGAUAUUCAACAGGCCCAGCAGCAUCUGGGGGAAGAGAAUUUGUACUGAUGUCAAACACAAGAUUCUGCCGAAGCUGGAAAUCUUAAGCAACACAUAGAAACACUGGAGGAACUCAAUGAGUCAGGCAGCAUCUAUGGAGGGGAAUAAACAGUUGAUAUUUCUUGAGGUAAUUAACAGCGAUCCAUUAACCCACCAACCUGGACAUCUUUGGAAUGCGGGAAGAAACUGGAGCAUCUGUGAGAAACUCAGAUUGUUACAGUGAGAACGUGCAAACCCCACACAGACAGCGAUGGGCUUCAGGAUUGAACCGUGUUUUAUGGAGGUGGGAGGCAGUGGCUCGACCCACUCUGCCACUGGGCCAUUUCUGCUUAACAGCAGCAGGAACAGAUAAUAAACACGAGAGAUUCUGCAGAUACCAGAAAAUUUGAGCAAUGCAGACAAAAUGCUGAUCUCAGCAGAUGGCAGCACUGAUGAAAGGGAAUAAACAGCUGCCUUUUUGGGGUGAGACUCUUCAUCUGGAGGCAUAACAGUUUGGUAUCGACCAGGUGGGCUGAAAGACCUGUUGCUGUGCUGUAACGCUCUAUGCCUCUGUACCGAUGACUCUCAUUUUCCUGCUCUUUGAGGAACCAAGUCCCAAACACUCACAAACCCUUUACUUUUAAAUACUGACUUAUCGUGCUGAGUUCUAGAUUCUGCCUCAAGAGGAAAUACCCUCUCCGCAUCCACCCUGCAAAGAUGGCAGAAUAAAACGGAAGAGGUGUAACAGGGUUAGUCGCAUACCAUCAACUGUUUAGCUUUCUGGAGUCUCGGUCCCAAUUAGACCACAGGAAGAGGCCAUUUCCUGUGACUGGUCCCACCGUGAACCAGGGCAGGACUCACUCCAGACAAGAGAGAUGAACUAUCCACAUUUAUAGUUACAGAUAUGUCAUUCUAUGGGGGGAGAGCCUCCUGACAAGCUGGAUCACUGCUUGGUACAGAAACUGCACGGCCACAGAUAGGAAGGCCCCACCACAGGGAGUGAAAACUACCCAACCCAUCGCUGGCACCAGCCUACUGCCACAAAUGACAUAUAUAUAGAAAGAUGCCAGAAAAGGGCCAGUAACACCAUGAAGGAUGACACCGGGCCUGCUGAUGUUCCACUCUCAUCAGGAAGGAGGCUAUGUAGCAUCCACGCCAGAAUCAGCAGGCUCACAUUUACUCUCUCCAACAGCUUACCCACCCCUCCAUGCCCCCAACCACCUCUACUUUAUCAUUUCCUGUCAGAGUCACCUUAUGUACAGACACUCCUGUGCCUAAUGUCACUUUAUGGAUAUAAGAUAAGAUAAAACUUUAUCCCAAAGUAAAUUAUUGUUUCAAGGUUUCUCAGUCGGAAAUAGAUACUUUAAAAUAUAAGCUGUAAUCACUGAGGUAUGAAAAAAUACAAAGCGUGCAUUAAAAAGUACCAGCACAAAAUCCAGAUAUGCAAUGAAACCAUAUUCUUAUAUACUUAAGGAGGAGCUGUAGAGUCUUGUAGCCACAAUCAGUCUCUCUAUAAAUGUAUUUAUAUUUAUUGUGUUCUUUAUCUUACUGUGUUGUUUUGUACUGCAGCAGAUCUGGAGUAGCAGCUACUUUGUUCUCCUUUACACUUGUGUACAGGAACUAA